UAAUUGCUAAGUGAAUUUCUAGCACAGUUGGUCUGAGCUGCUGAAAGAUCUGGUCGCAGGGAGAGGAAAAGCCGUAAUCGUCGGCGUGCUUCCAUCCUGACAGCAUCCUUCACGGCUGCUCGUCGAACCUCUGGGCACCAGCCCCUUCAGCUUCACGGAAAAAGGGCUCGGAUGAAUUCCUGUGUGUGCCACAUCGUUUGCUGGAAAUGUGCCUGGGGUACCACUGAGCGAGGAAUGUGCAUCUAACAACUGCUAACAGGAAUGGAGCUGCCUGGGAGGGGGCGUUUGGGACUUCCGAGCUCUUGGAGACGCAGCCAGAUGAAGUCCCCUGACUUGGACCCGGAUUUGUUUACAGAAAGUUACUGCAAGGUGUGCAGUGCUCAGCUGAUCUCUGAAUCUCAGCGUGUGGCACAUUAUGAGAGUCGAAAACAUGCAAGCAAAGUCCGACUUUAUUACAUGCUCCACCCUAUAGAUGGUGGGUGUCCAGCCAAGAAGCUGCGAUCAGAAAAUGGAAGUGAUGAUGACAUGGUGGAUAAAAACAAGUGUUGUACCCUCUGUAACAUGUCUUUUACAUCAGCAGUGGUGGCUGACUCACAUUAUCAAGGGAAAAUCCAUGCCAAAAGGUUAAAAUUGUUGCUAGGAGAACAACCCCCGGUAAAGGCCACAGGGAAUGCUGGAAAGGAGCAGAGAGUGGAACAUAGUGAAGGCACUCAGCUUGAAGAACUCCAGGAAACCCCCUUGAGUCCACUCAAGGCACCUCACUCGGCCAGCACCCCAGGGGUGGCUGUGUCUUCACCCCAUCGGCGAAGAGAUUCAGACAGAUACUGUCAGCUCUGUGCAGCCUGGUUCAAUAACCCUCUGAUGGCCCAGCAGCAUUAUGAAGGCAAAAAACACAAAAAGAAUGCCGCCCGGGUGGAUUUGUUAGAACAACUAGGGAAGACGCUGGAUCUGGGGGAGUUGAGAGGUCUGAGGCGCAGUUACACGUGUAGCAUCUGUCAUGUCACCCUCAACUCAAUAGAACAGUAUCAUGCCCACCUGAAAGGCUCGAAACACCAGACCAACCUGAAGAAUCAGUAGUGAAAACAUCUGGGAUGAGAAAACAAGGGAUGAGGAAAAAAAAUCAGAAUUGCUUCUGCCAAGGAGAAUCACUUACCAACCAGUGGAGGAGGAAUCUUUCUUGGACAAUGAACAUUUCUUAAGUGGAUUCACAAAUUAACAUAGUAAUUUUAGUGUGGGGAAGCAACUGGAUUUUCUUUCUUUAAAAAAAAAUUAUUUGUGGUAAGUUAAGACAUUGGAUGGAUUAAAAACAACUCCCAGAAAACAGAUUCUACACACAUUCUCAAGUAUAAUAUUGUAGCAAAUGACUGAGGAAGAAAUUUAUUCAACCUCAAAGACAGCAGAGAUUUAGAACAAAAGAAACCCCACAAAACAAAUACAACUUUUGGGGUAUUUAUUCUAGAUUUCUUUGGAGUAUAAUUAUUCUGUUAAAAUAUUGAUGAUUGUGAUGUAAAACCAUCUUCCCCCAGAAACAAACAUUAUUCCUCCACCAUGUUCAGCAUGAUUGGUGACAACGGGCAAAGAACCAGACUGAAGCUCAAUCAAUAGGAGAUGUAUAAUGGAUGAAUUCAUGCUGCCUUUAGAAAUGUGGAUGUAUUAUGCCAACUGUACAAGGAAAGCUGGGAGACAAAGAAUGAAAUCACCAACUCUUUUCUCUGUUGUUCAUAUACAGCUUCUCACGGUUGAAAUAGGGAUUUUCCCUUAAGAGACCAAAAGAAUGUUAAAUGUAAAGCAGGAGGGGGAAGGCAUGCCCAUGGGAAUGAUACUCUUCCACUCCCAUGAUAGUUGGCUCCAGUUUGUUUAUUUUUAUUUAAGGUAUCAGAUAAAGAAAAGAAUCCUUUAAAUUGAACGAAAGUUCAUUUGACAUGAACUUGAGUUAUGACUUUUUAAUUUGGGGGGAAUUGUGUUUAAGCCAACAGAGGUAAAUUUAAAUGGAAGGUAAGAGGAGAGAUGUCAGUUUGGCCAGAGCACUGGGGUAAAGAUCUUUGUGUAUGUUUCAUUAUUUCUUUCUAAUGUCACUGUCUUGGGUUUCCUGGAAACUUCCACAAAGAUGAAUAUUUAACUCACAUUAAUUGUGCAUCAGUGCUACAGAUGGUGCCCAGGUAGAGUUCACAAAGGACAUGGUAAGAUCGGGGAGUCUUUUUUUCUGACUUCCAAAAAAGAAUCUGGAUUUUCUGGAUCAUGAUUGCUAUUUUUGUAGAGAAUAGAGGUACUUGAAACUCAGUGAGAAAUAGAGGAAAUGCAUUUCAAAAGAAGGCAAACAAUCAUCUUAAUAACACAGUUUUGGACUUAAACAUGAUACUCUCUUUUGAAGAUAAGCCUUCUCCGUCCACAGACUGAUCAAGGAAAACUAAGGGGAGGCAGGGGCACAAAGCUUGCAAACAAUAAUAGCUAAGUAAAAGUUUUCCAACAUGAACAAAGAGAACUAUAUUUCAGCUGUAAAAAGGCUGGUAUAAAUGCUUCAGAACACCUGACAGUCUCCCAUUCCAUUAUAGAUGGUUUCUUUUGGCUGUGUACAAUAUACUUUGUCAAUUUUGCUAUAAAGUAAGCAAAAUCUGUAUAUGUAUAUGUAUAUAAAUAUAUUAAAUAGUGUGUUUAUUUAUGUGUGCAGUGAGUAAGCUGUGCAGUUGAUAAACUGGAAUCCUGAAGUGGUUGGUUUUUUUUUUAUUGUUCUGGGUUUUUUUUUUCAAACAGCCUAUAUUAUGAUUUUAUUUACUAUCAACACAAAAUUCUCUAGCAUCACUGGCAUUAUGAUGAGGCUAUACCAAGUCUUUUGCUGAUAAGUCUCCCAAUUUAUAUGUGGCAUAUUUAUUUGCUUAGGAAUAUCACCACAUUUCAUCUGUCUAUUAACAGAAAGAGAAAAUUUGGGGAUUCGGGAGGAGAUGAGUUUUAACAUUCAUAGACGUGCACAUGGGAGGAAAUAUUUAGUUUUGUCUGAGAAAGAACCAGUUAAUGACAAUUUAUUUUCCAAUGGUAUCAGGAAAACCAGAGUCAGGGCCAGAGCUGGAUCUGUCCUUUCCCCACCCAUCAUUCAAAUGAUUAUUUCAUGGGUCAGCAAUGAGAGGAAAAUAGGGUAGACAAGCUGGGUAUUUGAAUUGGGUAGAGAGGUGAUAUCGUAUGCUUUUUAAUAUUUACCUCUAUAAUGAACAUGUUCCAGGCCCUCUACAUCAUUGGUACUUUGAGGUGGGCUCUUCUCUAACACCAUGACUUGAACCUCCACUGGUUUUGUUUUCCCCCAACUUCGAGGCCCUAUUGGUUAGCACUGCCCAUAUCAUUUAAGCACUUCAACAUUCAUUAGCUUUUACAAAGGAAUAUUUACUUUGAAAUUAUAGCAAGAACACAUUUGGUUUAAAAAAUAAUUUUCCCAUCUUUCCAUUUGAUAUUUUAUACAUCAAUCCAAUAAGUUUUUAUUAAGCUUCUCAAAUACUGACUAUGUCAUCCUGGCUAAUGAUUAACCCCUCAGAGGUCUCGGAUAAUUUUAUAAGAUGUUACAGAUCUUCCUUAGUAAAGGAAGUCUCUCCCCUGGGAAUUCCAUUUAUAGAUUCCAAUCACAGAUUGGGAUUCUUUCUCCCCUCCACUCACAUAAAAGAAAAAAAUGAAAUAAAAAUAUUUGAAUCCCAUGGUAGGUUCUGAAGACAUUAAAAUAGGAGAGAUGCCUAUUAAGUUGCAGGUGGGAACUUUAAAUUGGGAAUUGGGAAUCUUUAAACACAUGAAAGAACCAAGUCAGAGGCCUUUAGAAAGAUACUAAUUAUUAUCCUUUUCAAAAUAAUGCCUUAUAGCAGUGAUGGCAAAUUCAAAUAGAAACAUAUCCCUGAAGGCUGCAUAUUGACAUAGAAAACACCAAAUUAACAUUACAUAUUUUGUAUUGCAUUUUUACUUAUUUUGCAAAAUAUCUCUUUUACAAUUUAAUCUGUAUCAGCUACACUCAGAAGUUUUGCACUAGGAGUUUGACACAUCUGCCUUAGAAAACAGAAGCAGUUCUUGUAUACUACUACCCAAUUCUAAUAAAGAGCAAUAAGUAAAAGAAUGAAGGGGACUGAGGGAGAAGCAUUUAUAUAUAGAAAAGCUCAUUUACUAUGAAUUAGCUGGGGAAAGAUCUCAUAUUAAUGAGCAAAAAAGUCUGAAUUAUGAAAUAUUUAAAAAGAAAUGUAAUCACUUCCAAAUUCUUACAGCAAGUAUAAUCAGUUCAGUUGAAUAAUACACAGUAGAAAUGUUGUUUCUUAAGCAUGAGCCCACAAUAAAAUUUUAUCUGGUAUGUAAAACUUGAAUUAUCAAAGAUCCUUACUUCUCUUCUUAAAACUUAUUUUAAAAGUCAAAUGAAGUCAGUAAGUAUACAUUAAGUGAUUACUAUGCACCAGGAACUAUGCUAAGCCCUGGGCAUAAAAAUAAAGGCAAAAAACAAAAACAAAACAUGGCCUUCAAAUAACUCACGAUUUAAUAAAAAAGACAACAUUCAAGCAAUGAUGUACAAAGAAGAAAUAGAUAGACUGAUAGACAAUCAAUGGAAAAGAAAUACUAGUCUUAAAGCAGUGAGGAGGCUCUUUGCAAAAUAUAGGAUUUUAACUAAAAUUUAAAAGAAACCAGGAAAGCCAGAAAAUAAAGCUAAAGAGAAAGAAAUUUCUAAGCAUGACAGCCAUGAGUAAGGAGAUGGGAUGUUUUGAGUAAGAAAAAUCAAACACCAACAUCAUUAGACUACAGAGUAUUUUGAGGGAAGAAAUACAGAGGAAGACUUGAAAGGUAGGAGAGGCCAGUUACAAAAGGCUUUAAGAGCCAAACAGGCUUUAUAUUUGAACCUGGAGAUAAAAGAGAGCCAUUGAAAUUUAUUGAAUGAGGUUAGGGGUGGUAAUCUAAAUCUAUUUGUACUUUAAUACAAUCAAAUUGUCACCUAAAUUUAUGAUAAACUAGAAUAUGGAGACUCUUAAAGAAGGGAAAGCAGUCAAUGAAGAUGCUAUCGUAAUAAUCUAGGCAUGAAGUGAUGAAGGCUUGAAUCAUAAUAGUCCACUUUUUUAUUUUUUAGAAACUUUUUGGAGUUAAGUGAUUUGUUCAGGUUCAUAUAACCAAUAAAUUUCAAUCUGAAUUUGAGCUCAGGUCCUUUUAAUUCCUGGGCCAGUGUUCUAUCCAAUGUGCUACCUAGCUGCUUCACACUUAACUUUAUUCUACUGACUCCUCCUUUUCUUUGCCUUCUCCAUGUACCCUACUCUCUCCAACAUCUAAGCCAGCUCUAUCCUACAGUCACAGAUUCUGGUUCUGGUCCACUGAGCUCCUGAGAAUCAUCACUGAGCCCAAGGAAGGAGAAGUCAUGAAUAGCAGAAAAUGUAUGAACCAGUCACACAGUUGAUGAUGGAAAUACUGCAUCCUUUUCUAUUCCUUAGUGAGUAAAUAAGAAUGAUUUGCAACCAACUUAUCCAAAUUCUGUUCUAAGCAAUGGUGACUUCUGUCUUCAUCACAGUCACUCUGUAUGCAAAUGUAUGCUUCUAAAAUGUUUAGAGGGGAGGAAAGCUUCUUAAAUGGAUAAACUCCUAAAAUCUUAUAAAUAGUAUUUAUUCCCUUAGCAGAUCCCUUUUCUUCUAUAGUUAUAAAGUUAUAAAGAAAGAACCCUAGAUUUAGAGUCUGAGAGCAUGGACUCAAGUAAUUUAUAAAUUUACCUUUAUGCUUUUAGUAUAUCACUUAAUCUCUCCAGGGUGAGAUUAGAUUAUCUAAAGUCCUAUCUGAUAAAUCCAAAAUGACCCCUAUUAAAAGACCCUGGCUGAUGAUGACCAAUGGCUGAAACAAUGAAAAAAAUGAUGUUUUACUACAUACUUCCUUAGAUGCUUAAUUCACUAACAUGGUCAUCAAUUAAUCAACAAAGUAUCAGGCUAUACACAAACUGCUGGAGAGGUAAUGUGAUCAAAUUGAGAUAGAAGGUCCAGUUGUGUUCAGGAAGACCAGCUUCUAAAUCUCACUUCUGCUGCUACCUGUUGUGUGACAAUUAACAGCUACUUAACAUUUCUGAGCCUUGUUUGGGGGUAUCUGUAGUACCCACAAGGUUGCUUUGAAGCUAAGUGACAUCAUAAAUUUUAACUACUAUAUACAAGUGAAUUAUUAUGUAUAGCAUAUAUUCUAGCACUAUACUCUUACAUCAAACUUCUUUAGCUUGUGCUCUGCUGGUGUAAGCUUGAAGAACUCAUAGUCACCUUCAUGCAGGAAUGAGUUAGUCAUUUUAUAUUAUGUGAAUUAAUUGUUAAAUUUUCAAUAUUAGUAUUUUCACCUCUAAAAUUAAUCCAAGUUAAAUUUUCAGUAUUACAUUUUAUAUCUCAUUAAUCAGCACUGGUGUUGAUGGUUGUGUUGAUUGUCAUUACUAGUCUGGUCAAGCAUGGAAACUAGAUUAAAAUACAAUUGGAAAUGUUUAACAAAAUACUUUAAAAUAACAAUAGAACAUAGAUGGUGUUAAUGUGUAGUUUUUUAAGUCAGUAGGUAGCUUACAUUGAUCCUUAUUUCUCAUUUCCAUCUGAGUUUGACACUACUGCUCUAGACUUAACAAAGUGACAGAGAAAACAUUAAUGAUGCUGAUUAAAUGUAAAGUAAGACCUGCUCUGUGGAAAGCUGGUUGUUGAACAUUUACCAUUAUGUCCCCCUCCAUUCUAUAAUGAAGCAUCAGAAGAAGACAUAAAUAGAGUCCUGUCUGAAUUAUAAGACAAUCAUAUAACCAAGGGAAUUCUAGAUUUCAGCCAAACUAAGCAUCUAAUAAAAUUUUUCAAUUUAAUUUUUUUAGAUGUUAAUACUAUUUUUUU